AACACUGGACAAUCGAAACCAAAGGAGUCCAACCAUGCUGGUCACACUCCCCUCCGUCGUAGCUACACCUCCCUGGUGACCCUCAUCGAGCAACAUCGUAAACUCGAUCGCAGCGUUAGUGAGCCAACAUCUCGCUACAAGACAGAGCUCUGUCGUCCAUUCGAGGAGUCCGGUGCCUGUAAAUACGGUGACAAGUGUCAAUUUGCUCAUGGUUACAGUGAACUGCGUAAUUUGGCACGUCAUCCAAAGUACAAGACCGAAUUGUGUCGCACAUUUCACACAAUAGGCUUCUGCCCAUACGGUCCACGCUGUCACUUUAUCCACAACUUUGAGGAAGCGAGGAUGCACAAUCAGAAGGUGAGCGCACAGUUGGGCAGUACACAGCCAAAUAUAAUGGGUCUGAGUCCACUUCUGAGUGCAAGUGCAGCAGCAGCAAGCAUCAAUAUGAAUAUAUCCCUGCUGGAGCAGAUCACAGCUCCGCAGGUGAUGAGCAAUCCUCCACCCCUGAUAAGGGCAAACUCUCUGAGCAUAGGCACACACCAGACAUUUACAAAUCCACCGCUACUCAGAACAACAUCGUUGAGCCUGACAACACCACAGUCUCACAAUCUCCACAAUGUUCAUCACAAUUCGGUUAUCGGCGCAGCAAGACCCAAACCAUUGAAUCUGAGCCCAACAUUCUCACUUGGCAGUACAGCUGACUCAGUGUCGCCAUCCUCAAGUCUCAGUCAAUCGCCGACAAAUUCAAUGGCUAGUUUCUUCAGCGAUGAUUGCUCAUCAGCACCAACUACAGCCUUCAGCUUUGGCCAGGACUUUGGAUUACUCCAGACGAGGCACACACCGAGCCCACCGAGUGGCAACAGCCCAAUAUCUGAUGAUCUUGCACCGAGAACACCGUCUCCAUUGUCACCCAAUGCUGAGUCUAGGCUUCCUGUCUUCAACAGGAUCAGCAGUGUCAUCGGGGACUUCGAGGGUCUCAAGAUCUAGAGGUCUGUUUGACGGAGAAUUUCAAGGUUGACACCCUUUCUUCAUUGCUCUUGAUUCUUGAAGGAUUCAACAGCGAAGCUGCACAACACCGGAGAUUAUUGUGCUUUUAUCUCGAGAACGAGUGGUCGCAGCGAAAAAUCUGUUAAGAACUUUUUUGUAGAUCAGGAAAUUUCCGGUGAAAAAGGUCCUGACACUUUUUUACGUACGGCGACUCGUUCCGGAGAUAAUUUGAGAUUUACGAGUUUGGCUUUUGCAAUUUCGCUGGUGAAUGCAUUCGUCAACGAUUUAUCAUCGUUCAUCGUUUGAUUUUUUGUAAAGACAGUGUGACCCGGUAGUUUUAGAAUUAUUAUUUACAUUAUUUUUUUUUUCGUGAUUCAGCGACAAUCACGAGCAGGUGAGACGUUGCAAUAUUCCAAAAUAAAUUGGGAAGACGAUUACCGGAUUUACUCGUCUUCCCACGAGCUAUUUGAAAAUAUCUCAG